AUGGCAUCCGAGCGUCACAUGCACGUUGAAUUUAUCCCAGGGAACUACGAGAGCAACCCUGACUUCAAAUACUUUGUCUUGGUCAUUCAAGUAGGCGAUGACAUGAAACGAGACCCUUCAAUGGUGUCGGUGAGGAUCGUCAGCGCCGAAAUUUGGGAGGGGUUAAACGCUACCACGUUCGGAUUUCCAGGUAAGGAAGCCUCGGCGAUCGAGGCACUUCCGGCCAUCAAGGGCGAGGAAAGUGUUAAUCGCAUCUCACUUGCGGGAUAUGAUAUAUCGGUGUCGGUCCAAGUUGUGGCAGAGGCGAACGAGUUGCCUUACCAUCAUGUAUAUCUUGACUGGAAGACUUCAACAUCGUCUCAUCAGACUAGCGCGGCAGAAGCCCUCUCGUCUCCACCACCCAGUGGCGAUAACGAUAGGGAAACUCAUCACACAUAUAGCCACGACGACCAACGGGCUCUGCCCUAACCGAUUCGCUCUGAUAGAUGUGUCUACCGGCAGGUAACCGAC